UUUUCCAUGGAAUUGAACACCAACAUUAAAAGUAAAAAGGGGGUGGGAAGAAGAAACCUAAAACCAAUGAAUGGGGCUUGGCCCCCAGCUAGAGGGGAGACGGCUAGUUUUCAGAGAACAAAGGAGAGGGAAGAAGAGAGAUGUUCCUUGAACAUCUACUAUGUGAGAACCACCACCCAGGGCACAGCACCUGCCUGUGUUGGAAAGAGGAUGCAACCAUCCCCAACAGGGAAGGGUGGAAAAUGCUGCACUGUGCAUGGACUCACAAGGAAGAUACAUAAUGUACAGCCGAAUCUACAGUCCCCUAUUUUGUCAGCUGCUUGUGUUGAUUAAAACUUCAAUAAAGAUCCUGUGAUAAAACAGA